AUAUUUUAAAUUUAAAAUGUCACCUCCAGCGGAUGUGCAUGUAGAAGUUUUAUUUAUUUGUUUGUGUUCGGGGUUUUUUUGUAUGGUGGAUGUUGAUUGGUUCGCCGAAACGCCAAGCCACACCAUUGCCUUCAUGUCAUUGGAUCAAACGAGCUGUCAAUCAGGUGACGUGUACAUCCGGUAUUUCUGAAGAAAAUAAGAAACAGAAGCGAGCGGGAGCGGAGAGGUGUCUCUCGGCUCUGUGCUGGAUCUUCUCUCGGUCGCUUCGUGGACGGAAACCGCGCAGUUUUAUUUAUUCCCCACCGGACUGCGCUUCAGUUUGAUGACUUUAUUCACUCGGACCACAUGUUGAGGAGACCCGAGCAGCUCGGCCGGUCGGCGGAAGGUCUGGAAAGGUUACCGUGGCGGCGCAUCACCGCGUCCGGAACGGAGGAGUGAAGAACCGGAGCGGAACCGGGCGAUACCCCGCUCACGAUAUCCUUCAUAUCGGAUCACUCGAUAAACCUGAUUUAAAAUAAAAAUAAAAACAUUUCAAACCCAGUGCCAUCAGAAGGAGAUUUUCACUCAUACCAGGAACAGAAAUAUUUAGUGUACAGGUAAAGAAUGAAUCACCUGUCACUGAGCGAGUUGUGCUGCCUGUUCUGCUGCCCGCCGUGCCCGAGCCGGAUCGCGUCGAAGCUGGCGUUCCUGCCCCCGGAGCCGACGUACGCGCUGCUGAGCGACGAGAGCGGCACGCGCUGGACGCUGCACCUGUCCGAGCGUGCCGACUGGCAGUACUCCACACGCGAGAAGGACUCCAUCGAGUGCUUCAUGACGCGCACGGUGCGCGGCAACCGUAUCGCCUGCAUGUUCGUGCGCUGCGCGCCGAGCGCUCGCUACACGCUGCUGUUCUCGCACGGGAACGCCGUCGACCUCGGGCAGAUGAGCAGCUUCUACGUGGGGCUCGGCUCGCGCAUCAACUGCAACGUCUUCUCCUACGACUACUCGGGCUACGGCGCCAGCUCGGGAAAACCGUCUGAGAAGAACCUGUACGCAGACAUCGACGCGGCGUGGCACGCCCUCCGAACCAGGUACGGUAUAAGGCCCGAGAACGUGAUCGUGUACGGACAGAGUAUCGGGACGGUGCCGUCUGUGGAUCUGGCCGCCCGUUAUGAGAGCGCCGCCGUCAUCCUGCACUCUCCGCUCACCUCGGGCAUGCGGGUGGCCUUCCCCGACACCAAAAAGACGUACUGCUUCGACGCCUUCCCCAACAUCGACAAGAUCUCGAAGGUGACGUCGCCGGUGCUGGUGAUCCAUGGCACGGAGGACGAGGUGAUCGACUUCUCGCACGGCCUGGCUCUGUACGAGCGCUGUCAGAGGCCCGUGGAGCCGCUGUGGGUGGAGGGCGCCGGGCACAACGACGUCGAGCUCUACGGCCAGUACCUCGAGAGACUCAAGCAGUUCGUCAGCCACGAGCUCGUCAACUUGUAGAACGCUGACGAGCAGACGGGCAGAAAAGCACACAGCUGCCGACUGCACCUCGCACACCGACGACUGGGAACUCCACGGCAGAGUUUAGCUAUUUUUAUUUGGGGUUUUUUUGGUUUGUUUUUUCCCCCCCGCAUCAUAACAGACAGAGCCGGGGAGUGACCCAGACUAUCUCCGCAGGUGUGCGUAAGAGACGGAAAGUAAAAGAGAGAGGGGACGGGUGUCAUGGUUGCCCAUCCCAAUGACGUUAACCAUCUGUACGUAUGGUGUGAUGUGUAUAUAACGCACACAAUUUGCUAUAGAUCACUACCUCUAUUUGGGAGGAGGCGCAUUUUUAAGCUGCAUCGGUAGCAUGAGACGUGUCCUGAUUAAAAAUCCCAUAAUUCCAUUCAGCGCACGUGGGGGUUUUUUUGUUUUGUUUUUUUAUAAAUACAGUAUCGUGUUAGUGUCGUAAACUGUGACAAAACUUGGUCCUGCUACUGGAGAACACACUGUCGUGUGUGUGUGUGUGUGUGUGUGUGUGUGUGUGUGUUAGAGCAGGGAAACACUAAAAUGUCUGGGAGCUCCUCACAUCCUGAACACCGCUCUUCUCCAUUUCUGUGUAAAACUCACUGUGUACUACAGCUUAUAGGGAGGGCGUGUGUGUGUGUCUGCAGGAGUGUUGUGCAAACUGAACACGCUCUCAGGCUGACUUUUUGAAACACUGAACGCUGCAUGAUUGGGUCGACAUUUAGAAAUUUGGGCGCAUUUAAUUUUUGAAAAACAGUUGAAUGUUUUGAAACUGUGAACGCUGCACGCUCAGUUGAAUUUCCGAACCCAAACGCUGCACGCUCAGUGUAAGGUUUUGGAUCAGGAGCGCUGCACGCUCAGUGUAAGGUUUUGGAUCGGGAGCGCUGCACGCUCAGUGUAAGGUUUUGGAUCGGGAGCGCUGCACGCUCAGUGUAAGGUUUUGAAUCGGGAGCGCUGCACGCUCAGUGUAAGGUUUUGAAUCGGGAACGCUGCACGCUCAGUGUAAGGUUUUGAAUCGGGAGCGCUGCACGCUCAGUGUAAGGUUUUGAAUCGGGAACGCUGCACGCUCAGUGUAAGGUUUUGAAUCGGGAACGCUGCACGUUCAGUGUAAGGUUUUGAAUCGGGAGCGCUGCACGCUCAGUGUAAGGUUUUGAAUCGGGAACGCUGCACGCUCAGUGUAAGGUUUUGGAUCGGGAACGCUGCACGUUCAGUGUAAGGUUUUGGAUCGGGAACGCUGCACGCUCAGUGUAAGGUUUUGGAUCGGGAGCGCUGCACGCUCAGUGUAAGGUUUUGGAUCGGGAACGCUGCACGCUCAGUGUAAGGUUUUGGAUCGGGAACGCUGCACGCUCAGUGUAAGGUUUUGGAUCGGGAACGCUGCACGUUCAGUGUAAGGUUUUGGAUCGGGAACGCUGCACGCGCUUGUCCACACAGAACAGAAACGCUGAUUAGCAUGAACAGUAUAGAAAGAACGGACGGAAGACUCAGACACCUGCUUUAAGCUGAUGAUGAUGAUCACGUUUUAUCAGAUAGUUCCUCGUGCUAUCAUUAUCCAAGGGUGUUUAGUCCGUUUAAGUGCAUUUUCGUAGGGCUUUAUUUGAUCAAGAUGCACUAAAACGCACCAAUGGUACGGGAUUCCGCACGAUCUCUGCAUUCUGAUUGGCUCAUGCCGUGGGGUUUCUGUGGGGGUGGGGGGGGGAGGUCACUGUUACAGCCUAUGGCGUCGUGUGUAGCUGCACCACUCCAGUUGAUCAUAUUUGAAGAUCUCCUAGAUGAAAUACUGAAUACUCUGAUGACUGUUUGUAAAUAUCUUUGGUUUGUAUGAUUUAUUUUUUUAAGUCUUAAAAUGGUAACGAUGCAGGUUACUAAUACUAAUAGAACUUGAAAUAAUAAUAAUAAUUAUUAUUAUUAUCAUUAUUAUUAUUAUUAUUAUUAUUAUUAUUAUUACAGUGAUCUUGUCAUGACGGCCUUUCGGUUUUGGAAGGAAACUGUCCUGUAUGUGCCCAUGCUCUUAAUAACAGUUCUAAUAAACGAUGAGAGAAAUAAAGAUGUCAGAAGAAUGAAAA